GGUAGAGAGUAGGGGGUGGUAGUCGAAGGUAAUGGGAGAAGGAGGAGGCGGCGAAUCACUUAUAAAUGGCGCCCAAGCAGGACCCGAAGCCUAAAUUCCAGGAGGGCGAGCGAGUGCUGUGCUUUCAUGGGCCUCUUCUUUAUGAAGUAAAGUGUGUAAAGGUUGCCAUAAAGGACAAACAAGUGAAGUAUUUUAUCCAUUACAGUGGUUGGAAUAAAAAUUGGGACAAAUGGGUGCCAGGAAGCAGAGUCCUCAAAUACGUGGACACCAAUUUGCAGAAACAGCGAAAACUUCAAAAGGCCAAUCAGGAACAGUAUGCAGAGGGCAAGAUGAGAGGGGCUGCUCCAGGGAAGAAGACAUCUGGUCUGCAACAGAAAAAUGUUGAAGUGAAAACAAAAAAGAACAAACAGGAAACAUCUGGAAACAGAGAUGGUGGCAGUACCAGUGAGACACCUCAGCCUCCCAGGAAGAAGAGAGCCCGGGUAGAUCCAACCGUUGAAAAUGAAGAAACAUCCAUGAACAGAGUUGAAGUUAAAGUGAAGAUUCCUGAGGAGCUGAAACCAUGGCUUGUGGAUGACUGGGACUUGAUCACCAGACAAAAGCAGCUUUUUUAUCUUCCCGCCAAGAAGAGUGUGGAUUCCAUUUUGGAGGAUUAUGCAAACUAUAAGAAGUCUCAAGGAAAUAUAGAUAACAAGGAGUAUGCUGUUAAUGAGGUUGUGGCGGGGAUAAAGGAGUACUUUGAUGUAAUGUUGGGCACUCAGCUACUCUACAAAUUUGAGAGACCACAGUAAGCUGAAAUUCUGGCCGUUCACCCGGAUGCACCCAUGUCCCAGGUGUAUGCAGCGCCACACUCACUGAGAUUAUUGGUGCGAAUUGGAGCGAUGUUGACAUAUACACCUGUAGAUGAGAAAAGCCUUGCUUUAUUAUUGAACUAUCUACAUGAUUUCCUCAAGUACCUGGCAAAGAAUUCUGCAACUCUGUUCAGUGCCAGUGAUUAUGAAGUGGCUCCUCCCGAGUACCAUCGGAAAGCCGUGUGAGGAGUGUGCUCUCUCACUCGUGCUUGGAUCUCUGUAAACAGUUUGGUUCUUAGUCCUUCUCUUGUACAAAUGAUGUACUUUGAAGACCGUUAGUGUAUAACAGAGUUGAUGUUUGUUUUCUGUCUGAUUUUAAACAGAGGAAAUAAAAGGAGUUAACUG